AUGACUGUCACAAUACCCGAAGUCCACGGCCAUUGUGAUCCCAUCUUUCAUUCCGUCCGUGAUCUUUUCCAACAAAGAAUCGCUGAGGGUAACGAAGUAGGCGCCUCUCUUUGUGUGAAUAUUGACGGCAAGAACGUUCUCGACAUCUGGGGUGGUUAUGCAGAUGCAUCCCGGACCAAACCAUGGGAGAAAGACACCAUUGCAGGAGUUUGGUCUUCUACCAAGGUGGUCACCUGUCUAGCCGCCCAUACUCUCGCGAACCGUGGCCUGCUCGAUGUGAACGAGAAGGUGGCCACCUACUGGCCUGAGUUUUCAGCCAAUGGCAAGGAGAAUGUGAAGGUCUCUCAUAUCCUCAGCCAUUCCUCUGGACUGCCUGCCUGGGAGGCCCCGAUAACCGCUGAAGACAUGCAAGAUACAAAGAGAGCUACUGAGAGACUCGCGGCGCAAGCACCUUGGUUCACCCCCGGCGAGCGCAGCGCAUACCAGCUGUCAAACCACGGCCAUUUGAUCGGCGAGAUUGUGCGGCGCAUAAGCGGCAAAUCACUGACUCAAUUCAUCGCCGACGAGAUUGCUGGUCCUCUAGGCGCCGACUUUCGCCUAGGAGUGCCGGAGGAAGAUUGGCCUCGCACCGCUGAAAUGAUCGGUUUCGAGAUACCGCCUUGGACCGACAUUGAUCCGACUAGUAUCAUGGCUAGGGCUUUGAUGGGGUCCGCCUUAGCGCCUACAAUUCCCAACGAACCUGGCUUCAGAAAAUCCGAGAAUGGGGCCGCAGGGGGAUUCUCUAAUGCACGUGCACUGGCGCGCAUCGGAUCAGUGGUCUCGCUAGAUGGAGUCGUUGAUGGAAAGCAGUACUUCGCUGCUAGUACGCUUGAUAAAAUGAUGGAAGAGCAGAUCCGAGGCCUUGAUGCGUCUGUCCUACAAUACGUCCGUUUUGCUCUUGGAGUUGCGUUGCCAUCUGCUGUCGCUUCCUGGGUUCCAGAAGAUGAAGGUAUCUGUUUCUGGGGUGGUUGGGGAGGGUCCAUGCUGAUUAUGGAUCGCGGCCGGCGGAUGACCAUUGGGUAUGCAAUGAACAAGAUGGAGAAUCGGGUGAUGGGGAAUGUGAAUAGCGAGGCGUAUGUUCAAGAGAUUUACAAGAUCGUGGGUGCUAGCAAGAAAGUGUAG